CCAUGGUAAAACUAAUUACCAAAAUAGAAAGGUUGUCGUGUCAGGAUACACAACUUGAUUAUUGGAAACUGUUUUAUUGGUGGCAAUGAAUGAUGAAAACCUUUCAACGUGUUAAUCAAGUGGAGAUAACAUGGUCUAAAAUUAGAUAUUUGUCAUCGCUAAUUAUCAAACAGUUGUCAGAGAAUGACUUAGAAAAUACCAAAAAGGUAAAAAGACUAGAAUCUAAAGGUCUUCCAAUUGUCCAUCACCAUGGAUACGUCUGUGAUCUACCAAUCAAACACAGGUUUGCAAUGAAAAAAUUCCAUGGUGUUAUUCGCCAUCUGAGAAAAGAUAAUGUUGUUUCUUCCAAACAGAUCGUAGAACCAGAUUUGUUGGAUCCGGAAGUGUUUAAAGUUGUUCAUAGUAGUCAUUAUAUAGAUAGAUUUAUAUGUGGUCAGACAACUGCCAUAGAACAAAGGAAAACUGGAUUCCAGUGGAGUGAAGGAAUAGUUAACAGAGUUCGUUAUGAAACAGCUGGAACACUACUUGCUGCAAAGCUUGCCUUAGAUAGAGGAUUAGCCUGCAGCACUGGGGGAGGAACACAUCAUGCCUUUCCUGACCAUGGUUCUGGAUAUUGUCUAGUCAACGAUCUUGCCGUUACAGCCAUGUCACUGGUCCAGACAGGUUCUGUACACAGAGUUGUUGUUGUUGAUCUGGAUGUACACCAGGGUGAUGGUACAGCCUAUAUUUUCAGCGAUAACAGUAAUAUAUAUACCUUCUCUAUGCAUAAUGAGAAUAAUUUUCCCUUUCAAAAACAAGAGAGUGAUAUUGAUAUUGGAUUGAAAGAUAGGAUGGAGGAUGAGGAAUACAUGAAAAUUUUAAAAGACAUUUUACCGUGGAUAUUAGAUCAUGUUAAACCUGACCUUGUAUUGUAUGAUGCAGGUGUUGAUCCACACGAGAAAGAUGAGCUUGGCAGACUUAAGCUCACUGAUCAAGGUUUAUUUGAUAGAGAUUUCUAUGUGAUUGAUUCAUGUCAUCGUCAAGGGAUACCUGUUGCCACGGUGAUAGGGGGUGGUUACCAAAGAGACCUAAAUGCUCUUACAUUAAGACAUACGAUAGUGCACAGAGCUGCAUCAAAGAUUUGGAAUGAAUCUUUAAUUUACAAAUCCUGAGAAUGUGAAAUGACCCAGAAUGGUUGUUCAUUUACUAAGCAGAAUUUUAACUUGAUAAGUUAAGAAAAAAAACUCAGCUAACCAGAAGAUUUAUAUAUCAACUUUUAUGAAUAGAAUAUGUCUCUUUGGAAAAGUCAUAAAACCCUGUUAUUUAUUAUAUCUGCUAUUCCGGAACUGGAGUCUUUUCUAUAAGCUUAAUCAGUGUACUGAUAAGUAAUUUUGGUUUAUAUAUGAAUAUUUCUUCUACAUUUAUUGAGAAUACAUAUUGAGUUACUGCUUUUUUAGAAAGGAUCUUGUUUAUAAAAGAUGACUUGAUUAAAUAGUCAAACAUUAUAUUUAAAAUGUGUUUUGGUUGCUUGUAAUGAAAUGCUAAAUACAAAAUUACAAAUAUAUCAUAGGAUCUUGUCAA